UUUAUUUCUUAUGGGUUUUUCAGCAUAGCACACACACUGAUCACCGACACGGCUCGUCGCUUUCGUCUUCAUGUAUCGGAUCGCAUGUGUUUGAUCUUAGAUAAGUAUGACUGAGAGCAAUAAGAGUGAGGAUAGCCAUGCAGCGAAUGGCGAGAAACCAGGAAGAAAUGGCAUGGUGAAGAAUCAUAAUAAUAAUUGUCAUCAUCAGUAUAAACAGCAGGACAAGAAGGUUUACCAUGCUGCAUGCAAUGGAGAACUAUAUAGCAGGCCGUUCCUUGAGUCCUUUGAAGAAACUCCCAUGUUGGUUGCAGUACUCACGUACAUGGGUUACGGCAUCCUUACAAUCUUCGGAUAUCUGCGGGAUUUUAUGAGGGAGUGGAAAAUAGAAAAAUGCCACAUAGCCAGAGAAAGGGAGGAGCAAAAGGAUUUUGUUCCACUUUAUCAAGACUUUGAGAACUUCUACACAAGGAAUUUAUACAUGAGGAUCCGGGACAGCUGGAACAGGCCCAUUUGCAGCGUUCCUGGAGCCAAGUUUGACCUUGUGGAGCGAAGUUCCAAUGAUUACAACUGGACCUUUGAAUACACUGGAGGGGUAGUGAAAGAUGUGAUAAACCUUGGCUCGUAUAAUUACCUGGGCUUUGCAGAGAACACCGGCUCUUGUGCCGCUGCUGCUGGAGAGGUGACCGUAAAAAUCGGCGUGGGCGUGGCCAGCACCAGGCAGGAAAUGGGUAACCUCGACAGGCAUGAAGAAUUGGAGAAGCAAGUGGCCUCAUUUCUGGGUGUGGAGUCAGCCAUGGCUUUCGGUAUGGGCUUUGCAACCAACUCCAUGAACAUUCCUGCAUUAGUUGGCAAGGGAUGUCUGAUUCUCAGUGAUGAGUUGAACCACGCCUCACUGGUUCUGGGUGCCCGGCUGUCCGGCUCUACCAUCCGGGUCUUUAAACACAACAAUAUGCAGAGCUUGGAGAAGUUGCUUAGAGAUGCUAUAGUUCAUGGCCAACCCAGAAUACAUCGACCUUGGAAGAAAAUCCUCAUUCUUGUUGAAGGCAUCUUCAGUAUGGAGGGCUCCAUCGUGCGACUGCCAGAAGUUAUAGCCCUAAAAAAGAAGUACAAGGCCUAUCUGUACCUGGAUGAGGCUCACAGUAUCGGUGCAUUAGGGCCCAGUGGUAGAGGGGUGGUGGAGUAUUUUGGACUGGAUCCCAAGGAUGUCGACAUCAUGAUGGGCACUUUCACAAAGAGCUUCGGAGCUGCUGGUGGUUACAUAGGAGGCAGAAAGGAUUUGAUAGACUACCUGCGAACUCACUCUCACAGUGCAAUUUAUGCCACCUCCAUGUCGCCUCCUGUCGUGGAGCAAAUCAUCGCUUCUAUGAAGUGCAUUACGGGACAGGAUGGAACGACAAUAGGCCGUUCACGUAUCCAGUCAUUGGCUGAAAACACAGUAUAUUUCCGCAGGAGACUACGGGAGAUGGGAUUCAUCAUCUAUGGCAACAAUGACUCACCUGUGGUACCCAUGAUGCUCUAUAUGCCUGCCAAAAUCGGGGCAUUUGGUCGGGAGAUGUUGAAGAGAAACAUUGGGGUAGUGGUGGUGGGCUUUCCAGCCACACCGAUCAUAGAGUCCAGAGCCCGCUUCUGUAUCUCUGCGGCCCACUCCAAGGAAAUGCUAGACAGGGUGCUGGAUGUGAUCAGUGAAGUAGGCGACCUGCUGCAGCUGAAGUAUUCACGGCAAAAAGUUCUUCCCUCAUUGGACUGACCCUUUGAUGAGACCACAUAUGAGGAGAAUGAAGAGUGACAUACUUCCUCUCUGAAACCAAAUGUGCACUGCUUAUCUUCUGUCCUUCAAAAGGAGGCAGUGAACCACUUAAUUAAUAACCUUUUUUUUUUAUUUUUUAAAGUAAAGAAAAAAAAGAUAUAUCAUGUUUUUUUAACACCUGAAGCUCUGAUCAACAACACAGGCAUGCUUUAGAAGGAAAUCGCUUACCUUUCUUGCUCCCCAGUUUCCUUUAGUUCAUUUGUCACUACAGUUUUGUUUGGAUGUGAGGUUUGGGGUCUGUUCUUAAAGGGACAGUUCACCCAAAAAUAAAAAUGUUGUCCUUUACCCACCCUCAUGUUGAUCCAAAACCUGAGGACUUUCUUCCAUGGAACACACAAGGAGAUGUGAGGCAGAAUUUUAGACUCAAGCCUAAAGUAUACUUCGGUUUUGACGUGAACGCUUAGCGUCAGCGUACAGUUGAACUAGCCUUCCAAAGUAUACUUCAUUUCACUGUGCACGCAUACACAUGCCGUUGGCACAUGCACGCUAUGACUGCUAUGAGAAAUUGGACUAUUUCUCUUCAGGAGUUUAGACCAUUAAAGAUGUCUUCAUAUUCCUUCAGACUCGAGCUAUACAAAUUGCAGGUAUCUCCUGACCUGCCCACACACGGGUUCUUGACCUGCAAAUCCGCUGUUGUUGCUUCCACAUUCGUAUCCUGUUGUGUACAGGCGAUAACAUCUAGCGCUUCUUCGUGACAGCAAUGGCUCAAAUGUAUGUGUUUCUACUUUGUGCACCCAUUAAUUAGUGUAAAUAAUUCCAGGUGCAUUUGCAUACUGCACAUUCAGAGUAUGUGCGGUUAUACAAAUCGUGCCGCGCUCUUUCAGUGUUCGAGCACUCUCAGACACCUUGCGUUCAUGUCUGAUCGAAGUAUGGGUUUUAGUCACCAUUCAGUUUCAUUGCUUGGAAAAAAAGAUGCAUGAAAGUGACUCAGGCUGACAUUCUGCAUAAUAUCUAAUACAGGUUUGGAACAACAUGAGGGUGAGUAAUUGAUGACAGUAUUUUCAUUUUGGGGUGAGCUAUUCUUUAACUCACUGUGGCAUUCAUUUAGGAAAGAAAUACUUCAGUUCCUCUCUGCCAGCUAGCUACAAGAGGCUUUGAGCUGCUUGUGUACUUGCAAAUGCAUAUGUCACCUUUUAAAAUGUUUUUGUGCAUAAAAAGCAUUGAGACAUUUUUUUUUCCAUUAAGUGAGAACAGACAGGUAGCGAACUCGUAUUUCCAAGGAUACUGGCCUAUGAGAGGAAUUACUGGUUCUUCUGAUUGCAUUGUCAGUACAUUCACUGUGUUACCUAAAUCAAACACAAAAAAACUCCACAACUUGGCUGCAUAGUUGUUGUUAUUUCCACAGAUUUUGACUUGAGGCCAGCACCGCUGUCUUACUGCAAUCUGGCUAUCAUUUUUCAUAUGUUGCCAGUGUAUUUAUUUUUUCAUCUAGAUAUAAAUCGCAGAGGGCAAUGUUGGUUAUGUCUGAGAAACAUCUUGUGCAUAUUUAUCAAAUUUUCACCUCAGAGGAAACUUGGAUGCUGAUUGUACGCAUUGUGUCCAAUGAUAUGCACAUUUGUCAGCAGGGCGCUGGUUGUUAUACAGGAAUUCUUGUUUGUAGAAACUACAAAGAACAUUGUUGCGUGCUUGUUGGCGCAUUUCUAAAGCGAUAUGGAAAUAUUUUUUAAUGGAGACUCGGUUCAUAAGUGCAAUGCCAUGGAUAACUAAUAAGAUUUCUGUCUAGAGGGUUUUGCAAAUGUCUUAAGUCGUGUAUUGCUUUGUAGUUUUAUAAGCUUCAGCUUUCAGCAUUGUUUUUGAUAUGUUGAAGUUUGUCAUGAUAUAAUUUCGAAGGUCUUUAAAAAUAACCAAACUCAUUUCAUCUUCAUUUAUAUGUCAGGCUCAAUGUUCACUUUUGUGUAUUCUUGUAUAUGUUUCUUUAAUGUACAUAUUUAUUUAUUAUUCAUGUUUUGUAUGUUUUAUUUUUUUGGAGAAGUGUACUUUAAUCAUCAACGGCAGCUCCACAUAUCUUAUGCACAUGCAUGGUGUGCAUGCUCACAGGGCAAAUACUACUGAUGAGUAAUUUUAUAUCAUUUUAUUAUUCCCUGGAACGCAUGUGUGAUAUAAUCGCCCAAUCUGCUGGGUAAUGACGCUUUAAAGGUGCUGAACUUUGCACACUAUGAUGUUUUGUCACUUCUGUGGCUUUACAUAAAUUGGGCCAGGGGGUACAUUCGCCCUUAUAUUUAAUUUAUCAAAACAUUUACAACAUCAGAAUCCAGAGAUGUUUAUGUAUAAUUUAAUGUUAUUUCUGUUUUGUUUUUUUCCUGUAAAUCAAAUGCAAGGGAACCAACACUUAAAGUAUAGUGACCUACAAAGUCAAAGGGAGAGAGAAGAUUUUUAAUAAAGCAAAGGAUGGAAAUAAUCAGAUAUUUUCUUAAUAAUAUAAAGAUUCACAUAAGUAACAUAAGAUUAACAAAGAAAGUAAUGACUGAUCCAGUUGAUGGCAAGACUUUGAUGUUCAGAUAAACAUCUGCUCUAUCAGUACACUCACUGUAUGUGUUCUAAUAUAACUUGGAUUUUGCUGCCUGCAGUGCAUACGUUUUUCUCUUUUUGAAUGAAAGUACACUGUGGGCUUCAUAUUAAUUCAGGAACUGUUACACUCUUCUAUGUAAAGUAAAAUAACUUUUUAAUUCAA